AGAAACCGUCCCAUCGCUGCAGAAGAUAAACACAGCAUCAUGGAUAUUCGUGGCUGGAGUGUGAAGGAAACUCACUGCCUUAUUUCUCUUUGGUCUGAAGGUACAAUCCAGGAAAAGCUGAAGGACACGUACCGUAACCGGUCCAUUUAUGAGGAGAUUUCUCGGGAUAUGGUGAACAAUGGCUUCGAGCGUUCAUGGAAACAGUGUCAACGUAAAAUUAAACAUUUAAAGUCAAUGUACAGGAAGGAAAAAGAAUCAAAUAACAACACCGGCCGUGACAAAUUAUCUUGGCCCUUUUUCGAUGAAUUACAUAAUGUUUUAGGAGACCAACCUGCUUUCUAUCCCGCUGAAGGAGAGGUCCUGGACUCUGAACUGGACGGUAAUGAAGAUGAGCCUCUCCAAUACCAAACACAGGAGGUAAAACCAGCGCCUGAGGAGGAUUUCCUGGAGUCAAAGAUUAUUGGAGGUGAAUUUGAACCUCUUCAAAUUAAAACAGAGGAAGACACAGAGCCAGUCACCACGGAGAGGGUCCAAAUAACAGCGGAAACACGGACUGAGGACGGCCGAAGAGAUGAUAUCACAGGACAAGAAAUUCCCUCAGCUUCAUCAUCUCAGGCUUCUCCGUCUGCAUCAUCCCGGCCCUGCAAGAGACGUCUUUCCUUUAGCAGAGGCUCAACCCGCAAGAAGAAGUCAAAAUUCGAGACAGCCCUGGAAGCCUUCACCGCUGCUUUGAGCAACAAUAGUCGGGACGAGGAGCUACUCCUGAAGAUGCAGCGGGAACAGCACGCUCAUGAAGAGAAACUUUUUAGAAUGCUGAUGCAAUCCAUCACAUCGCUAGCACACUGCAGGCACUGUCAUGCAAAUGCUUGCACUCCUGAAUCAGAGUCACCAAAAUAAAAGAGGAACUGCCAUAUAUCAAAAGACUAGAACAAAAUAGACUGAAAUGUAGAACAAGAUACCAGUCACAUAAAUGCCUUUUUCAUAUGUGGACUCCUGAACAUUUCUUCAAUAGUUCAGACUGGUUGCUUCUCAGAUCUUUAAUUGUUCCUACAUGAGUCUCAAAGCAGGAGACUAUUUCUGCCUUAUUGAAAAAAGGACUGACAUGGAAAUGGCGGACGAGCAACAGAGUUUGACACUGGUUACAGUGGUCACAUACUGAUUAAUUAUGAAUUAAAUAUUAUCCAAUGUAAACUGAAGUUCCAUUUUCUGAAAUGGUCAGCUGUUAGAGUCCAGGUUCAUAGUUAUAUUAUUUUGAGUAAAACACUCCUCUUCCUUCCUCUCAGUCACAGCGGUCUCAAAAUAUUUUGUUUCCUUUCCUAUCAAAAGUUGUAUGGUUUUUUUUUUCUUCUUAAACCUCCCACUGUAUUUACCAAAGUAAUGUCAUUAUGUACACUCAAACCUUUGUUUUGGAAAGCAUCCUCGUUAUUUUUAAAGCAAAUUUAUAAAACAGUCAGUCACCAGCUGAAGAAAUCAGCUGAAAGCUCAUGCUGCUCAACACCAUUAAAAAACAGCCUGAAAAUUUCAGGAAGUUUUCAGGAGUUUUGUGUAUGUGAAAACACAAAUCCUCUUGUGACAAUAGUCUUUUUUUCUCCCAUCUUUAAUGGGUACAGCCCUGAUUUAAAAAAUCAGACACUGGGAGAAAAAUGAAUAAA